GCAUCAUUUGCAUUAAAGUCACUAUCCGGUAUCAAGGAUAACAUCUGAACUGCAAUCAUUAUUAUCAUCCAACGAUCAUCAACGAUAGCAAAGCAAACAGUGCUGGGGAGUUUGAACAAUUCGGUUAGCGACGUAAAAUCAACUUGAACCCAAAAAAAAGUGCGACACCUGACCACCAAAAUCAACUUUUAUUAAGCUAUGAGCAUUUAGUCAAUUCAACAAAGGGAGCACUCCGAUCCAAAUUGCAUCAAGGGCAUCUUCCCCACACCAUUAAUUGACGUCAUGGCAUUGAGUCCGACUCAAAGAACGUUCUUGGAACCUGAUCCUGCAUCCCUUCAAGAUACCAUUUCGGUCAAUCCUUUGUCCUUAUACGAUCGCCGCGGCUCAAAGAAUUCUUACGCCUCAUCUUCUGCAAGAUCACAUGGCGCAGAUAGUAGGGCAAGUGAUGGAUUCUAUACGCCAACAUAUAUCUCUUCUGCAGAAUUUAGAGCAUCACGAAUAUCCAAUCGAAGAACUUCUGCAUCCAAUCAAGGAUCACAAGACCAACACCAACCAAAUCCAAUCUCACCACGUUCACAAGGAUCUUUUCAAAAAGAUGAUUCUAGCCCGUUCAUGCCUGUUCGUAAGCCAAAAGCAGAAGUGAACUUGUUUCCGGUCGAUGUUGAAGAUGAAGAAACAGAAGAUGAUGCACAUACACCUUUACCUUUGGCAACUCCUGUUUCUCCUAGUUCAAAUCCGUUAGCGGACUGGCCGCAAAGUCCUUCAGAUACGAUACCCACUUCACAAGCCGGCUCAACUGAAGGCGAAAGGUCGUAUGGAUAUCUAAUUGACUCUUACAAGCGUUCAUGGGAAAUUGAAGCUACUCCAUCAAAAAUAGAUCCAAGGUCAGAUUCAGGUGUCAUUUCACCUUAUAUGGCAUCCUUUAUCUCUGUUGAAGAACCAAAAUCCUCGAACCAUGCAUUCUACCCAACUCAUGACCUUCAAUCAAGCCGCCAAGACAAUAUUGAACAACACAAAAAUACACAGCCCACGUUCAUAAUACCAAAACGAAGGACUAGUAGCAGAAGCGGCGGCCCUGAAACGCCUUCAAUACAGAAUUUGCGGAAUGUAAAAGUGGAAAAUGAUUCGUUGGAUGGAGCGCUUGAGAAGAUUGAUCACAUUUAUAAUUCUUCAAUCACACCUCUCAGCUCGCCGGAUUCGAUGCCUCAAGGAAAUUCAACUACAUUUGGCGCCCAAAAUUCGGCUUCCGUGUCGGAUGUUGAAUUCGUAUCGGACGAUCGAAAAUUCACAGCAACAACAGGCUAUCCGAACAGUCUUACCUCAGCCGGUGAUUCGUCAAAUUUGAUUGCAUUUCCAGGUAUAAAUGCUCCGAACACAUUUGAACAAGAGAACAAAUACUUACCUGUGCAAUCAACAAAUUCAUCCAAUUCGGAAGUAGCGGCGGCAGCAUUAACAACAACGCCUCGAUCUCCUCUUUCAAAAGCAUCUGUUGCACUGCAAAAGCUGGGCAAUUUUAGAUCCAAUGUGUUUGGAGGCUCAAUACAAAAAACCGAUAGCGCACCUUCAAAUUUCACAAGCAGUUCUGCGAAAGAAGAAUAUUCGAUGACGUCCCCUUCAUCGGCUUUAGCGUUGUCUGGGUUACCAGCUUCAUUUCAAGCACCAAUGAACGAAAAUAUAGAAGUGAAUGGAAUCGAUGCAAAGAAUCAUUAUCCACCUUCAUCAUCUAGAAACUUGAACGGCUCCAGUGGACUUGGUGGUUCGCAAAGUGUAGAUGGGAACAUUGGUGGUGGUAAUCACGCAAUAGGAUUAUCUUCCAUCAAGGGAAGAUUACGUACCCUGUCCGGCAGCCUGCGCAGGAUGAACUCAAAAAGUGAUCACAGCAAUGUAGACGGAGUAGGACAAAGUUUUAAUGAAGGGCCAAGAGAGCGAGGUAGCGGUUCUCCGCUCAUGCAUGCGAUCCUCCCUUCCGCUCGUCAGUCUGCUUUGACUCUUGCUUCAUUAGCGGCCAAGAAAGGAAGCAGUCCACCUAUUUCAACUUCUCAUUUGACAACUUCUUCUGAUAUUCAAAGUGAAAUUUUACGACCGGAAGAUGCAGCGAUGCCUUUUAUAGCAUCACAAAGAUUUUUAAGACCUGCUACUUCCCCUGGCAUUCAACGUGGUCCUCAGAUGAGUUCAAGUUCCGAUACAAGAACAUCAUCAGGCUGGAGUGCGCCCAUCACUGACGAGACAGACAAUAGCUCUACUCUGAGACCAACGCUGGACACGAUUGCCAACACCCCUUCAUCUUCUGGCUCUGUGCCCACUUUGAAUAGCAUCAAACGCAAACCGGUUCCAAACUUAGAUCCGACUGCAAGACCAAGAACAGCCUCUCCCGCCAUGAUUGAAUCAAAUUCAUCGCCACAAACCCUUUCGGUCGGCAAAGCUCCUCGAUUGCGUAAUGCGAUGUCUUCCACCGCCUUGAAUAUUCCGACCAAUGCAAAAGAGCAUAAUGCAAGUGUACCUGCCGUUCUUGUCCCAAGCAAUUUUGGACCACAAAAGCGUUCUUCUGCAGCCAGUCAAUUCGGCCCCGCUUAUCCUCGUCGUCGUUCAUCUUCGGCUAGUCAACAACAAAAUGCAACACCGCCUAUUUUGAUAAGAACGACGAGAAAUAGCGAAGAAGAGUCGGUUUCGCCUUUGACAAAGACAAGACAAUUGUUUGAUGAUACGGUUGAUCAUCAAUCAUCAGUUGAUACGGUUACUCAGCCUAUACGGAUGCCCCGUAGAGGGUCUACAAGCAGUAAUCGAAAGCCUGUACCUACAAUCUUAGGUCUUGCUGGCAAUAAUGCUACGUCGGAUAUUACGUAUGAUACAGCCAAUCGCGCAAGAAGCUCUUUGGGGGCUGAAGGUCACUCGAUGCCCAGUAAGAGUAGCACAACCUCAAAUACAAACAUUUCGUUCAAUGGCUAUUCUCUAACGGCCGGUGGCGGUAGCGGAUCUGUGCAACCACUUUCACCCCGAAGUCUUGGCAAUUGGCAAGGAUACGGACAUUCAAACGUUUCGGUUGAAUCGACUGGAUCACCUUUAAAUACAAACAUUCGCCUUCGUACUGCACCGGAAGCACAAAGGCCAAGUAUCGUCUCUACGACGGGAAGGCCAAGUAUUGUCUCUUUGACGGGAAGUCAAACAGGCUUUGGUACUCAAAGUGGCUCUUCACAAGAGCAUUCUUCUCACAAUUUUCCUACGCAAAAUCGACAACAAAGAGUUUCACGUUCUUCUGGCACUGGCAUAGAUUCGGGUCUUCAAACAUAUCUCAACGAAGAAGAUUAUCAAAUCAUUGAAGACGAACCUAUUGUUGCUAAAGAUUUGAAUUUGGCCAGCAUCAGACAUAGAGUUGCUCCUGAAUUCGUUAAUACUGGCUCAAGGUGGACAAAUCCUCAUCGUCCUCUGUCAAUACGAUCGCGAAGGAUGAGUUCGGAUACUUUGCGUGAUGAUGCUCAAAGCAUGUUCGACGGCUCAACGAGCACGUUUAAUGGCGAACAAGGAGACAUGGGCAAAAAAUCUGUCUUGCUCGGAUCUGACAAAGAACAAAAGAAACGUAAAGGUGCAGUAGAAGCACGUGAGAAAGAAUUGACGGUUGAAGCAUUGAGCAAAGCAGAGAUGGCAUACGCUCAUAUUGACAUCUGGACCGAAUCUAGACGUGGCAAAUGGAUCGUCAAAUGUCCCGCACCAGAUGAUUCAUAUCCUGCCGAACAGUUACCAGACAUUUCUGAUCCAUGGAUGAUUCCAAUUGAUGCAAAGGGAAUCGUUCGCCGUAAGAAGUUGAAAUCCAACAUUGAACUUUCCUCGACGAAAACAAUCAUCAUUUGUCCCGAUUGUCGUGAAGCUGCUCAGUUGAACAUCGCUCACAACUGUUCCACGUGUCAUGGAUCCGAAAGGGUUGAAAUGGUUUACACGGUACAAUGUGUAGUUCGUAUGGCUCAAUUCUUGCCACUCAAAUUGCCCGCUGCUCUUUUGCUUGGCACCAAGCAACCUCACAUCAAAUACAUUGAUGCUGCUGAUCCUGAUCAUCGAACGGAUAUCUUACGUGACCGUGCUUUGGAAGGAUUGCAAAGUUCUGCUGCCCGUGUGAUCCGCGUUCACAAUGUUCAACAUGGUUCAAGGCUAUUGAUGGGCCGUGUGAGAAUCACUCGAAUUGGUGUUUUGACAGUGAGCAUUCAUUCUGCAAAGAGUAAAAUUCCAAGAUUAUUCGAUGUGGAAGACGGUGCGAAUGGUCAGAUCAAUGAAGUUACACAUUUCGCAACUACUUCAAGCGGACGUGCUUCAGUGAUGAGCAAUGGAACGUCAAGCAACCGUGCCUCGUUCUCUCGUAAAGGAUCUUCGGCAGGCCUGAGUGUUGAUCAUAUGCCUUUGCCUGAUGAUAUGGAUUCGGUAAAGAGUGGAAAGACGAACAAAUCUCGUGGAGCUUCAAGUUUGUUUUAUUCACUUGCAGGUAAAAAGAAGAACGGUUUCGGCAAUGCAAGUUCUCCUAACUUGAUCCAAUCUGCUUAUCAGAAUAAUGCGGAUUCCAUUCCUGCUUUGCCUGAUCAUGAAGAUCUUGGUGGUUUCGGUCGUACACACAAGCGUAACAAUCUCAGCGUUAGUGAUCCUGUUCCAAUCUUGGACGGUCAAACUCAAUUACAAUCUACCUUGUAUACCUCUAAGGCAAACGGUAAACGCUCGCUGAAAUCACUUUUCCGUCAUCAUUAAAGAGUUUUUAUUAUUUUCGUAUCUGCUCUGCUUUAUCUUUCGAUUUCUGUAUAUCUCUGUUUUCCCCCUUUUUUUCAGCUCUCAUCUUGAUGAUGGGAUACAUUCAUGUACCAAUGCUCUCAACUUUCACGCUUGCUUCAUUUUUCUCAAAAUCGACAAAUACCCUGGUUUAUUCAUGUCACAUUUAUCUCACACGCAUC